AUGGCGAGCAGCGACGAGGCACCGGUGGCUCGCUUGGCCGACACGCUCUGCGGCCGGUUCGACGGCGAGACGGAGAGCCUCUCCGGAUCGGACCUCGACGACGCGGCGCGGCGCAGCCCCGUCGACGAGCGGACCGACCGGCGGCGCCUGCUCGCGGCGUCGCACCGGCCGAGCGUCCUGCAGCGCGAGCAGGACUGGGAGGACAUGAAGACGCACCCCUGGCGGCCGCACGAGCGCGUAUCCAUCGCGUCGGCGAUCCGGCAGUCCUUCACGGGCGCGCAGGGCUUCAUGGAGUCGACGGAGAAGAUCUUGGGGGCCAAGGGGGGGCUUAAAAGAAAGAAGCACCGGAACCAGGUCGCGCGCGACCUCAUCGCCCGGCUGGACGACUGCUAUUUGCGGGUGGAAUCGAUCGCGGACGCGUCGAGCACGUCGCCGCAUCGACGGGCGCCGCCGUCCUUCGAGGACGUGGGCACGUUCCCGUUCAAGCUGCACGCGCCCGACGCCGACGAGUACCCGAUCAAAGCCCCGAAGCCGUACAUGGAGUUGUACGGCGACCGCUGGUGGUUCGUCAAGCUCUUCGCGCACCCGCAAGUCGUGACGAGGUUGCUGCGGCAGCUCUGGCCCCACCUCUUCGUCGUGGCCCUCUUCCAGCUGGGCAUCAACGGCCUGACGGCCCUCGACGUGGACCCGCCCGUGUCUGUGUUGCGCGAGCUCGAGGCGACGCAACAUUUACUGGGGGCCGUGCUCUCGCUCCUACUGGUCUUCCGGACGAACUCGGCCUACGAGCGGUAUUACGAUGGAAAGAAGCAGUACGGCAUCAUCGCCAAUCAAGUGAGGCAGAUCAUCAUGAACGCCUACGCCUUCAUAAGCUUCCACGAGGACCCGACCGGUAGGUUACGCCAGCGGUACGGACGGGGGCUGGAGUUGGACGACGAGCACGAGGCGGAGUCGCUGCACGAACUGCGGGAACGAGUGAGGAGGCAGGCCAUCGUGUUGUUCGCGGUGCUGCGGCAGGAUCUGCGGGAGCGCCGGUGCGGCUUCGUGCCGUCCUCUACCUUAAAGCACGUGCCCUUCACGCGGCACACGUGGAUCCUAGACCCGUCGCGGCCCCGGCUCGUGGACUUGUUGACGCCGCGCGAGAUCGUGGACUUUGGGAGGGUGUCGUCCGGGUCGCGGGUCAUGCUCGCGUGCCACAACCUCAUGGACGCGUUACAGAGGUUGGCGCCGCGCAUCGCCCAGGACAAGCCGUUCACGGACGCGUGCACGCGGAACGUGCAAGAUUUGAUCGACGCCGCCAAAAGCUGCCAGCGCAUCGUCGACACGCCGCUGCCCUUCACGUAUACUCUAAUUCUCGGCGUGCUGCUCUUCAUCUUCGUCUACUCCUUCCCGUUUAUCUAUUGGUACAAGCGCCACCACCACCACAACAAGGUGAGCCAGUGGCACGACUUCUCGGGUCUGAUCCCGGCCAUGUUCACGACGUUUUUUUACUACGGCGUCAUGCAAAUUGCUAUAGAUGUGGAGAACCCCUUCAACUUCGCCGACGUCGAUCACUGUGUGGAAAUCAACUAGUGUGUCGGGUGUACCGUCGAGCGGUGAGGAACCGACACCGCCACGCCAUCGAGCAGGCGUCGCGUCGAUGGCGUGGAGAUCGACGCGGCUAUUCAGGACGAACGCGCCGUAAAUUUGAUUUCCCCACAGGUCGAUCAUGAUCUGGACAGCUUCUCGAAGCGGCUCCACGACGAGACGCUGGUUGUCGCGCGCGAGGUGGCCCCUCCCGGGACGCGCUGCCGCGACUACUGGAUCACGGAGCGCAAGUUCGCGGCCCGCAACGGGUCAAAACGCAAGAAGAAGAAGCGCACGGGCGAGGGCUACUUCAAGCAGGUCUCCGAGAAGCUCGUGACGUACCACGACGAACUCUAGGGGCCCGCCGCGACGACGGAUUCCCGCGGCGACUAGGGGCCCGCCGCGACGACGGAUUCCCGCGGCGACUUAGUUAUCUAAGUUUAAUUCAGUUUUACUAUCACACGUCCUUUCCCGUCGCCAGCGUUCCCAUUA